GUGGCGUGACCCGAGGAUCGGUGCCGGAACCCUUCCGUCAUGGCCGCUAGCUCCUACCCGAGCCCUUUUGAGGAGGCGGCGGGCGAGGUGAAGGAGGGCUUCCUUUGCCCGCUUUGCCUCAAGGACCUGCAGUCCUUCUACCAACUCCAAGAGCACUACGAAGAUGAGCAUUCUGGAGAGGAGCGCCACGUUAGAGGACAACUGAAAAGUUUGGUCCAGAAGGCAAAGAAAGCCAAAGACAAGCUGUUGAAGAAGGAUGGCGACGACCGAGGGGACGCUGGCAGUUAUGAGUCCUUCUACUACGGUGGAGUGGAUCCGUACAUGUGGGAGCCUCAGGAGCUGGGAGCAACAAGAAAUCACUUGGACAUGUUCAAGAAGCAACGCGCCGCCAGGAUAGAUCACUACGUCAUCGAAGUCAACAAGCUUAUCAUCAGGCUGGAAAAGCUCACGUCCUUCGACAGGACCAACUCGGACGCGGCCAAAAUCCGAGCCAUCGAGAAGUCGGUGGUGUCUUGGGUGAACGACUCCGAUGUCCCGUUCUGUCCCGACUGCGGCAGCAAGUUCAACAUUCGCAACCGACGGCACCACUGUCGACUCUGCGGCUCCAUCAUGUGCAGGAAGUGCAUGGACUUUGUCCCCUUGCCUCUUGCUCAGAAGCUCAUCAAUGGCACACGUGAAGCUCUGAGUGUCCCUGGCGUCGGGCGCGCUCAGUCCCAGUCGCCCAGCGGGAUGGGCUCCAGGAGAGGCAGCAUGAGCAGCCUGAGCAGCAUCACGUCCAUGCUGGACGACAAGGACGACGAGAAGAUUCGCUGCUGUUGCCACUGCAUGGAAACGCUCUUGAAGAGACAGCACAAGUUGGACGAGAAAGAUUUUGUGCCUGAUAUAGUUAAGCUUUACGAGAGGCUGAGGGCGUGCAUGGACAAGGUGGACGAGAAGGCCCCAGAAUACAUCCGAAUGGCCGAAUCGCUCAACGCCGGAGAGACGACCUACAAUCUCGAAACAGCGGGGGGGCUUCGACUGGAAGUACAGAAAUACUACGAAUUGAUUGAUGCUCUCAGCAAGAAGAUUCUGACUUUGGGAAUGAAAGAUGAGCCGCCGCCGCAUCCAAAGACACUGCAACUGCAGAAGAUGGUGCGCUAUUCAGCCACGCUGUUUGUCCAGGAGAAGCUGCUCGGCCUCAUGUCCUUGCCAACCAAGCAGAAGUAUGAAGAGCUGAAAGAAAAGAGAAAACAAGAACAAGAGAAGAAACUCCAACAAGAGAGGCUGGCAGCCCAGGAGGUCCUGAAGAGGAGGCAGGAGUUGGAGAGGAACCGUCCGCCCGCCGAUAUCAACGGAGAGCAGCCGCAGGCCCCCCGGGCAACUCGCCUGACCAAAGCCGGGGGCUGGUUGCCCUCCUCUGACCCGGGCCACCCGCGCAGCACGUUGGAAGACCCCCUGCUGCAGCAGAUUGACAACAUCCGCUCGUUCCUCCGGCAAGCGCGUGAGGCACACAGGACGGACGAGGUGGCCAUGCUGGAGGAGAACCUGCGUCAGCUGCAGGACGAAUACGACCAGCAGCAGACCAGCCUGGCCAUUGCGCUCUCUCAGAAGCUGGCCGACGAGGAGAACCUGCAGCGGGGCGAACUGCGCCGCCUGGAGGCCUGGGAGAGGGAGGAGAGCCAACGUACGCUUCCCGCCUGCGAGACCUCUCUAGCUCUCGGCGUUCCCGCAGCCCCUUCUCAGGAUUUAAGCCCAAGAGAUGAAUGUUCCGCCCCAAAGCAGAACGAGGAGUCCCCUCCAAGACUAAGAAGCUUAGGUGGCCAGGUUACGCCCCCGAGCGGAGACGGACAUAGCAACCCGUUCCUUGAAGAAGGCUCGACUCCCAUCGAGGAGGACCCGUCCAAUCCCUUCUGCGAGGACAUCAAGAGGGAGCGCGGGAAAGUGACCAACGGAAAGGAAGAAUACAACCCUUUUGAUGAGGAGGAGGAGGAGGAGGACGACGCACGGGCUGACCAUGUUCCCAGCAAUCCCUUUGAGGAGCAGGAAGACAAGGAGAAGGGUGAUGACAACGCAGACAGCGGCAACCCCUUCUCAGACACCUCAAACGCCGGCUCCUCCACCAAUCCCUUCGACUGCGACGACGACAACUUGGACUUGAUCGAGGAAGAGCUGCUGCUGCAGCAGAUCGACAACAUCAGGGCCUACAUCUUCGACGCCAAGCUCAGCGGUCGGCUGGAUGAAGUGGAGCUGCUGUCGGAGAACCUGAGAGAGCUACAGCGCGCCCUACAGGAGCAGAAGAGAAGCGAGCGUUGAAGUCACCAGUCGGGCAAAGGAAGCGCUUCGAGCGUGCAAACGCCAGAUCCUGAACGUCCAUCUUAAGCGCCAUGUACUCUGAUUUUCUUUGCACAAUUAGAAUCUACUCAUGUUUUUUUGCUACUACUUGAAAUAUGUACAUUUCUUGCACACUAAUAGGACAACGCCAGUAUGUGUUUCUCCUCUGCCUGCUAGUACUUUUUUCAUCACUAGUAAUUGGUUUCUCUACAAGUAUGCCAAAAGUCCAACGUUACUACUCAAACACAGUUCAGAAUCAUCAGUUGUUCUCUCAGUGCACUGCGUUGUCUUACUGGAGAGGACACAAAGCGUACUAGUACAUGGACCUUAAGCUUGAGAUCUAAGUGCUAAGCGCUGCCUAUUAAGCCCAACGUGGCAGUAGUCGUCCCAAAAAUAUUAUGAAUAACACGCAGCGCUUCGACUUGUCUGCUCAGUCAAUUAUUUGUAGUUUGAAGGUGGAAAAGAUUGACCACGCAUGCCAAGAAGCGACGCACUUCCACCUGCUGCCGCAUCUUUGCUAUGCGUGAGAGGAAAAAGGCCUCGCAGGCAGCACGCAGGAGGACGCAUUCAUGGGAAAAGAGGUUCGCUAAAUUGUUCUGCUACUGAUAUUUGAGCAAGUGAAGCAUCAGCCACCAGCGUGUGAUUGGCUCUGCAAUCUUUACAGAAAGGUGUCAAAACCUGUUGCAAGCCAACGGGGAGGGAAAAGCAUACACAUUUGAACUCUAUUAUGGCCACUACAAGUUGAUAUUUGGAUUCAGUAUUGUAUCACGUUUCAUCCGAAUGAGCAUUCCUUUUGGACACCUAAAGAUGCUAAAUGAGAAGUUUAGAUGGAGUGUGGAGGGGUCAAUACCACUAUGACAUGCCUUUUGAUGGCCUCAUUGCAAUUGGUAAACUCGGAGCCGCCAAAUGUUUGCACGCAUGCCAUUGUGAUGACAAAAUCUUCAAAAAGGUUUCCUCUAUUUGAAUUUUUUUUUUUUCUCAUUGGAGAUGUCAUUUUGACCUGCUGUGUGUGUGCGUAUCAUGUAUUUAAAAGAUUCUCAGUCGCAAACAGCCUAAAAGGCACCUUAUGCUGAUAUUGACUCAUGGACUGAGCUGUGUAAACGUCUCCCAGUGUAUGUGGUGUUCAGUGAUGACGUUCCUCCCUCCAGCUCAGCAUCGGCGCGUGAGGACUUGCUGCUUUUCACAUCUGCCGCAUGCACGCAAAAUGAAUGCCAGCAAGUAUUAACACUCACUAAAUGUUUUAUAGCCCUGCGAUUAACUUUCUUCACAUGCUAACACUUGUGUCGAUUUUACAGUUUGAUAUAUUGCAUAAUGACAUUUUGGACAGUUUAUUAACAUCCAAGCACAAGUAAACAAGUCAAA